AUGGUCCGGGGUAUUAUCUUCCAGCUCGUAUUCGUGGGACUGGUCGUCGACUUCGUGCUGCGCCUGUCCAAAAGGGGCCGGCCGCAGGCCCUGUGGUCCAACCGGCCCCUGCUUUUGCUUGGUGGCGCGACCGCGCUCUCGCUGCUACUGAUCUAUAUUCGGAGUGUGUACCGGACGAUUGAGCUGCUACACGGAUGGACGAGCUCGACGAUGCAUAACGAGAUGUUGCUGAUCGGGCUGGACGGCGCGAUUAUGGUCCCCGCCUUUUCGGUUUAUAACCUGCUUCAUCCGGGGUACCUGUUGCCGAAGGUACAGCGGGAGGUCGGGUACCUUGACGCUCGGGGGUUGCAGAUGGAAAUGGAGGCGGUUAAGGAUGGUCGGUACCAGAUAGUCGAGGUGGAGGGUGGAAAGGAUGACUCUGUUACGUUGCUGGACAGGAGCUGA